UUUUUAAAAACGUUCUCUUUUCCCGUUUUAUCUAAUUUCCUCAAGGAAGAGAGAAGCAAAAAUGUCGAAUUGCAGAUUUCUCUACCACAACGGUGUCGUUUUGGAGGCUCCUCCGGUCACUACCUUCCUUGAAUCGCACACGGGUGCUUAUACAACGACGAGAACGAUAAACAAUGGUACUAGUUUCUUGUUCUGGGAGAGACACAUGAAGAGACUUUCUAGCUCGAUUCGUAUUCUUUUGAAGUCAAAUCCCGAGCUUUUGUUCAGUUCUGGGUCAUCACCGCGGUUUUGGAUGAAUCAACCAGUUCCUGGUUCGAGUAUUUACGAUCGAGUCAAUGGCUCUAUGAGCGAGGCCCUGAAGUCUGUUGUUGUCAAGGAAAGUGAAAGACUCUAUGGAGAAGAAUUAGCAGUAACUGUUCUUGUUACUGGUAAUGUGGAGAAAUUGAAUAGGUUAGAUGUUGGGAACAAUUGGGAUUUUCUAGAUGUGUGGUUGCAUAUAGGUGCAUACUCGCCUUUAGGCCCGUUAGGUGUUGGAGAAAAUGCCGCGAGUUUGGCUUUGGUUGGUCGUGGACGAGAUGUAGCUGCUGCUAAAUACUCAGACUGGGUUAGGCUUAGGAAGCCUCUGGAGAAGUUUAGACCUCCUUUGACCACUGAACUUCUUUUGUCAAACGAUGGUGAUCAUUUGCUUGAGGGCUGCAUCACAAACUUUUUCGUAGUUUGCCGCAGGGUGAAGUCAUCAGAGAAUCUCUACGGCGGGAGUUUGAGCGAGUUUGAGGUGCAGACCGCGCCUAUAACUGAUGGUGUGCUAGCAGGAGUUAUAAGAGACCUUGUCAUCGAGUAAUAUGUUAGACCAUUAAGAAUGUUGAUUAUAUUCGUCUGUGUUUAUGGCCUGAUCAACCAAUAAGAUUUGCUUUUCUGUCAGAGUGUGUUUAAGCGAGGGGAUUCCAUACCGCGAGAGAGCACCUUCGUGGUCUGAGCGUGAGCUUUGGGAAGAAGCCUUCAUUACAAGUAGAUCUUUCCAUAUCCAUAAUCUGUUUUUUCAUCUUCUCGCAUAUAUAUUGGCCUGAACACUUUCAAUGUGUUGUGUGAUGUUUGUAUAUUUUAACAUCCCAAGAACUCACUGGGUUCAGGUAGUCUGAGGAUUUUGCAGCAUGUAGGGACGAUCAAAGUACCCGUUGGUUCAAUGGAGGGAUUGGCUUGUAACAAACCUGAGGAGAUUCAAUGGAAGGAGAAAAGGUUUAAGGAAAGACCUGGGAUGAUCACUGAAUUAAUCAAGAAAGCGAUAAUGGAGAGAGGUAUUAAAGAAGGGUUCCCGUUGAAGGCCUUUUAGUGCUCUUCAUGAUUUUGCCAAAUAGCUGAAAUGUUGAUUCGUCUAUGGUUUGUAAUUGUAUUGACGCCAAUAUCUUCCCAAAUCAUCACUCAUUAUAAUUUUAACGAUCUGAUGUUUAAAAGGUUCUCAGUUAUAUAUAUCUGUAUAAUUGAUCAGUAGAACAUAUUAUUUAACGGAUUUUAUGGAGAUACUCCGG